GUGCCACGUUGUGAUUAAAUAAAGAAACACGCCGACAGCAAUGUAGAAGCUUCUCGCAUGCCAGCUAACGUUGCUAUAAAUUCCAUAGAUAACUACCACCGACUUGCAACACAAUUGCUUUUUCCAUAACCUUCAUCUUUUUACAUUCUUACAAACACUACAGGGUACAAUACAAAUAUUUCAUUUUUUUCCAUAAAUGGCACCAACUUUGUUCAAAACUGAUGCAAAAGUGAAUGGUGGUGUUAACCUUGAGCCUAUGGUGACACUGGUUGGUUCAAACUUCAUGGCUGAUGGCCAUCCCAUAUUGUCCGACGUCCCAUCAAACAUUACCACGUGUUUAACGCCUUCUGGUGGUUGUUUUGUUGGUUUUGAUGCUUUCGAACCGAGUAGUAGGCACGUGGUCUCAAUCGGGAAGCUUAGUGGGAUUCGGUUCAUGAGUAUAUUCCGGUUCAAGGUUUGGUGGACGACUCAUUGGGUUGGCUCACGUGGCCGAGACCUUGAGCACGAGACCCAAAUGGUCAUGCUUGAGACUUCUGACUCUGGGCGACCUUAUGUUUUAAUUCUUCCACUUAUAGAAGGUCGUUUCCGGGCUUCUCUGCAGCCCGGAAACGAUGAUUUUGUGGACGUUUGUGUUGAAAGUGGGUCCACAAAGGUAACUGACACUUGUUUUAAAAGUGUCAUUUACAUGCAAGCGGGCCAUGACCCGUAUAUUCUAGUAAAAAAAACAAUGAGAGUUGUUAAGGAGCAUCUUGGAACUUUCAACUUAUUGGACGAAAAAACCCCACCCGGUAUUGUUGACAAGUUUGGUUGGUGCACAUGGGACGCGUUCUAUCUUAAAGUGCACCCACAGGGUGUCAUUGAGGGUGUCAAGGGUCUAGUUGAAGGCGGAUGCCCACCCGGGCUCGUGUUGCUUGAUGAUGGGUGGCAGUCCAUAUCUCAUGAUGAAGAUCCAAUUGACUCAGAAGGCAUGAACCGAACGGCCGCAGGUGAACAAAUGCCCUGCAGACUUACCAACUUUCUUGAAAACUACAAGUUUCGAGACUAUAAAAGCCCGAAACCAAACGCCCCUAACAAAGGCAUGGGAGCCUUUGUUAGGGACCUCAAGGAGGAUUUCAAGAGUAUAGAUCAUGUUUAUGUUUGGCAUGCUCUUUGUGGAUAUUGGGGUGGGCUAAGGCCCAAUAUACCUGGGCUCCCGGAGUCUAGGAUAGUGAAGCCCAUAUUGUCACCAGGACUUGAGAAAACUAUGGAAGAUCUAGCCGUUGAUAAAAUAGUGAAUAAUAAAGUUGGGAUGGUCCCACCGGAGAAAGUAGAACAACUAUAUGAAGGUUUACACACGCAUUUGGAAUCGGUUGGCAUUGACGGAGUCAAAGUUGACGUCAUCCAUUUGUUAGAGAUGUUAUGUGAAGAUUAUGGUGGAAGAGUCGAGUUGGCAAAAGCAUACUACAAAGCAUUGACAUCGUCCGUACGGAACCACUUCAAGGGCAAUGGCGUAAUUGCAAGUAUGGAGCAUUGUAACGACUUCAUGUUACUAGGCACCGAGGCCAUCGCCCUCGGUCGUGUUGGAGAUGACUUUUGGUGCACUGAUCCAUCGGGUGACCCGAAUGGCACAUUUUGGUUACAAGGGUGUCAUAUGGUGCAUUGUGCUUAUAAUAGUUUAUGGAUGGGGAAUUUUAUACACCCAGAUUGGGAUAUGUUUCAAUCCACUCAUCCUUGUGCUGAGUUUCACGCUGCGUCUCGAGCCAUUUCUGGUGGUCCGAUUUAUGUUAGUGAUUCGGUUGGACAACACAACUUUGACUUGCUUAGGAGUCUUGUUUUGCCCGAUGGCUCGAUCUUACGUUGCCAACACUAUGCCCUCCCAACCCGAGAUUGUUUGUUUGAGGACCCACUCCAUGACGGCAAAACCAUGCUCAAAAUAUGGAAUCUUAACAAGUACACUGGAGUUGUUGGAGCUUUCAAUUGCCAAGGAGGAGGAUGGUGUCGUGAAUCAAGACGCAUGAAAUCCGCUUCUGGGUGCUCUCAUGUCGUGACAUCAACGAUAUGCCCCAAUGACGUUGAAUGGCAAAACGGUAAAUUUCCAAUAUUUGUGGAUAUCGUCCAAGCCUUUGCACUAUACAUGUCCCAUGAGAAGAAGUUGAUCCUAGCAAAACCAACCGAUAACUUAGAACUUGCACUAGAGCCAUUCACAUAUGAGCUCGUGACGGUCUCCCCAAUCACUGUUUUGGCCAACAAGUCAGUCCAAUUUGCUCCCAUUGGGUUAGUGAACAUGCUUAACUCUGGUGGGGCAAUUCAAUCGGUUGCAUUUGAGUCGGAUCUUAAUGGAUCAUGUAUGGUUCAAGUCGGGGUAAAGGGUGCCGGAGAAAUGAGAGUUUUCGCAUCCGAAAAACCAAGAGAAUGUCACAUAAAUGGUGAAAAUGUUGAUUUUAAGUAUGAGGAACAUAUGGUCAUCGUUCAAGUUCCAUGGAAUGCUACAAGUCUGCCCAUCAUUGAAUAUGUGUUUUGAAAUAGGAGAUUAGUUUCCCAAUUUUUAUUUGUAACAACAUUAUUUUCAUGUAACAAUUUAUUAUUCUCGCAUUAUAUGUGAACAAGGUGUUGUAAACUUGUAAUUGUUCACAUUGUAAUAUAUUAUUUUGUAAUUUAAUAUUUGUGGGAUUUGUUGUUUUUU